GACCGGCAGAACUAUGAUGGCCGAACGGCCCUCAUGCUCGCAGCCGAGUCGGGCAAGACUGCGAUUGUACGGUUUCUUGUGGAUUCCGGGGCGGACGUGUGCGUCCGGGAUGAGGGAUACGGCGAGAUGGCACUCAUGAAAGCAGUGUUUCAAGGGCACUCUGAGAUUGUACGCCUUCUGCUGAAUGCGGGUUCUCACAUCGGCACCAAUGCGUGGGAUGAUGACCUGGAUGACCUGCUAGCGGCAGCUGCCCUUAGAGGGUGCUGUUCUAUCGUGCGCAUGUUGCUGGAGGGUGGUGCUGACAUGGACGCGAUCCACGAGAACAGCGGCACGACCGCCCUCAUGUGGGCAGCUGCUGGUGGCCAUGCCGAUGUCGUAAAGCUGCUUGUGGACGCUGGUGCAGACAAAGACGUCCGGGAUCCUGCUGGCAUGACAGCUUUUGCGUAUGCACAGCGUUGGGGAUUUGAUGAGUUGGGAGGCCUACUAUGCCCCGAGUCCUUCCACCUUGCAUCCGACACGGGAGCGAAGCGACGCCGGCUUUGA